GAUUCGUGUUUGAGAAAAUAGAUAUGAAUGAAAACCGAAUUUUACUCCGGUUUGAUUUGAAAAAAUUCCAAUUUGGUUUGGUAUUGAAAUUAAGAAUUUGUGGGUUUGGCAGUUACACGCGUAGGCUAGUGAAAAAGCCCACCACACACAUCUUCUUCCGACUUCCUCCCCUCUUUUAUCUUCUUCGCCUUGUCUGUUCUCUAAGAAGAAGUAAGAAGAUAGAACAAACCCAAGAAUCUUCUCGAAUCUGAUCAACCAUGUCGAACGUCUUGCUAUCCCCAAACGGCUGCGUUUUUGCAUCGCCCAAACCUCUUGGCAGAUUUCUGAAUUCAAAGUCCGGCGGACGGAAACUUCUCUUCUCCGUCGUUAGAGCUUCUUCCGAUGAUGCUGAUUGUAAUGCCGAAGAAUGUGCUCCCGAGAAGGAGGUAGGAACAGUGAGUAUGGAAUGGUUGGCUGGAGAGAAGACGAAAGUGGUGGGAACGUUUCCUCCUCGGAAGCCGCGUGGUUGGACUGGCUAUGUUGAGAAAGAUACUGCCGGUCAGACGAAUGUUUACUCUAUUGAGCCUGCAGUAUAUGUUGCAGAGAGCGCAAUCAGCUCAGGUACUGCAGGAUCAUCUUCUGAUGGGGCUGAGAACACAGCAGCAAUCGUAGCAGGCAUUGCCCUUAUCGCACUCGCUGCAGCUUCCUCUAUACUCCUCCAAGUUGGGAAAGAUGCACCGACUCGACCAAAAGCAGUGGAUUACAGUGGACCCUCUCUUAGCUACUACAUCAACAAGUUCAAGCCUUCAGAAACUGUUCAAGCUUCUACCCCCUCCAUCACAGAAGCUCCGCCGGUGGCCGAGCAAGAAACCUCAGUGCCUGAAACUCCACCGGUGGCUCAGCAAGAAACCUCACUGCCGGAAACUAUGGCCAGUGAGGCUCAGCCAGAGGCGUCCUCUGUUCCAACAACAAGUAGUACCUCUUAGGAGGUUAGCCUAGGAUUAUAUCUUGUGUAAAGAUGAGAUGAAGCAUAGACCAAUAUUAUGCAUUCUGUUAAUAUUCGGAUAUAUCUACCUAUAUGUAUACACUCUUCUCUAUGAGUUGAUGAAUUAAUCAAAUUUCAAAUCCUAUUCAUUUA